UGGUGUUGGUGGUGGUGGUAUAGGGGCUCAUACACAAGUUUGUCUGUGUAUACUGGUACCAAUAUCCUGGGGAUAACGAAAGGGCGGAUGCUAUGUAAGGGCUACGGGAAGUCCAGGAAAGAGAACGGUUUAGCAUCUUUCUCAUCGAUUGACUGCCAGUAAAGAAUAUUCUAAGUUGAUACAAGAAUCUUUCGACAACAAGUCUUCUCCACCAAACGAGCCCAACAUGCCCGGCAACUUCCUCCGAGUCCCAACACCAACCUUACCAGCCCCUUCUCUACCCGCCGCCUCUCAUGGGCCACCUGACACAUCAGAGAGAAUCGGGGGCCAAACCGGCCUUCCAACACCUCCCCCAACCCCUCCCCAAGCGCCCAUCGGUGAGAGCGUGGGUGGCAGCCACAGCGGUAGCAACCACGUUAACCAACAGAGUGUCGACGACCAGGACAACGACAAUGAGAAAUACCAUGACAAAGACGGGGACAAUGAUGGCGACAAGGGCAAGAGCCGGGUCCUGAGCCUUCUGACGAAUCAGAGUGGGAUACCGACGACGAGGAGAGCGAGGAUGAUGGUGGUGAAGAGCACGGGGUUGAAGACGAAUGGGAUGACCUAAGCCGAGAGGCUGUGGACAAUGGGAACGACGACGACGACGACGAAGAUGACGACGAAGACGAAGACAGCAGCGACUCGGACGGCUAUCAAGACGACGAUCGUCUCCUCCUCUAUGACUCCGAGUUCGACUACAACUCGGACGACGACAUAGAC